AUGAGUGAUGAUUCUAGAGAGUUUGAACGCGAUGAAGCUAAUGAAGAGUUACGUGAAUUAGAAGAUGUUAAGAGAGAAGAAGAUGAAGAUGCAAGAGAGGAAGCAGAAUUACAUCCAGAUGAUGGCGUUGAAUCUACAUAUAACGAAACCAAACCAAUUGGUCUAGAAGAUCAAGGUAAUGAUCAAGAUAAUGAUGACCAAGGUGUUUUGGAUGAAGAUGAUGAAGAUGAAGACGAUGACGAUGAAGAAGAUGAAGAAGAAGAUAGAGUGAGAGGAUCUAAAAAAAGACGUGUGCAACGUAAUAGGUUCCUUGAUGUUGAAGCUGAAGUCAGUGAUGAUGAAGAAGAUGAAGAGGAAGAUGAUGAUGAAUUAGCUAAAGAAGGUUUCAUUGCUCCAGAACAUGGUCAAGAAGAUGAAGAGCCUCAAUCAAGAGAUGAUAGAUUACAUAGACAAGUUGAUCGUUCUCAUGAGAAGAGUACAGAAGAAGAUGCUCAGAAAUUAGCUGCUCAAUUCAAAGAAAGAUAUGGUAGAGCCAAUAAAUAUCGUACUGAUGAUUCAGGUGCUGUUUCUCAAAGAUUUUUAUUACCAUCUAUUCAUGAUCCAAGUAUUUGGGCUCUUAGAUGUAGACCAGGUAAAGAAAAAGAACUUGUUAAAAAAUUAUUAAAGAAAAAAUUGACAUUAGAAGGUAAACCAAAUGCUUUGCAAAUUUUAUCUGUUUUCCAAAGAGAUAAUUUCACUGGUUAUGUUUAUGUUGAAGCUGCUAAAUUAACUGCUGUUGAUCAUGCUAUUAAAGGUAUAAGUGAUAUUUAUGGUAAUAAUAAAGUUAAAGUUCCGGUUGAAGAAUUCCCAGAUUUAUUAAGAGCAAAUAAAUCCACUGAAGUUAAGUUAACUCCAGGUGGGUAUGUUAGAAUUAAAAGAGGUAAAUAUAAAGGUGAUUUAGCUAUUAUUGAUUCUAUUGAAGAAAAUGGGUUAGAAGUUACAUUACAAGUUGUUCCAAGAUUGGAUUAUAAAGGUAUGGAACUUGAUGAAGAAACUGGUAAACGUAAAAGAGUUACAAGUAAAUUUAGACCACCACAAAGAUUAUUCAGUAGAAAAGAAGCUGUUGAAAAUGAUCCAACAAAUUUAACACAAAGAUCAAGUAAUACUUUUUCUUAUAAAGGUGAAGAAUAUAUCGAUGGGUUUUUAUUUAAAUUAUUUAAAGUUCAAUUUUUAGAAACUCAAGAUGUUCAACCAAGUCUUGAAGAAGUUUCAAAAUUCAAUACUGGUGAUACUGAAGAAUUAGAUUUAUCAUCAAUCGCACAAUCUGUUAAAAAUUCAUCAACUGUUGUUUUCAGAACUGGUGAUAGAGUUCAAGUUUUACAAGGUGAACAAAAAGGUUUGAAAGGUGAUGUUAUUUCAACUUCUAACGAUGUUGUUUUGAUUAAACCAAUAAGUUUUAGUGGUGGUAAUUUAGAAUUCCCAACAAAUAAUUUAAGAAAAAUUUUCUCUACAGGUGAUCAUAUUAGUGUUUUAAGAGGUAAACAUAACGGCCAUACUGGUAUUGUCGUUUCUGUUCAAGAAGAUCACGUUACUUUCAUUUCAGAUCAAUCACAUAAAGAUGUUACAGUUUUCGCUAAUCAUUUAACAAAAUCAACAGAUACUUCAACUUUAAUCGAUGGUAAAUAUGGUUUACAUGAUCUUGUUAGAAUAAAUACAACUACAGUUGGUGUUGUGAUAAGAGCUGAUAAAGAUAUGUUUACAAUUUUAACACAAGAUGGUAAAGUUUCAGCUGUUUCACCAUCAGCAAUUAUUUCAAAAGUUGAUAUUGGUAGAGAUCAAUCCUUUGCAACUGAUUCUACUGGUGAAUCAAUUAAAAAAGGUGAUACUGUUAAAGAAAAUCAUGGUUUCAAAAGACAAGGUGUGAUUUUACAUAUUUAUAGAUCUGUUUUAUUUAUCUAUUCAAAAGAAACUACUGAAAAUUCAGGUGUUUACGUUAGUGAUAUCUCAAGUGUUUCAGGUGUUGCAUCUAAAAACAAUUUUACAGAAAAGGAAGAUAAAAUUGAUUUAACUAAAAUGAAUCCUAAAUUUAAAGCUGGUGGUUCAAUGGCUCCACCUCCAUUACCAAUCAAAGUACAAACAGGUAGAGAUAAGACUCUGAAUCAAAAUGUCAGUAUUAGAUUAGGUGAAUAUAAAGGUUAUCGUGGUAUUGUUAAAGAUACAAAUGGUGAUAUCGCAAGAGUUGAAUUCCAUACAAAGAACAAAAUCUUAUCUAUUUCUAAACAUAAAUUAGCAUUUGUUGAUGGUUCAGGUAGACUAAUACCCUAUGAAGAAUUCAUUAAUCCAAAAUACAGAGAUUUCUCACAACCAUCAUCUGGAUUCUCAACACCAAGUCACAAAGCACCAUCUUAUACAAGUGGUGGCUCAUCAAGUUGGAGUUCUACUGGAUCUAAUAAUGGUGGUAAAACCCCAGCCUGGUCAAGUUUUGCAUCUGGUGGUAAGACUCCAAUAGCAGGUGGUAGAACAGCUGUUGGUGCACAUGGAGGUGCUGCCUCUGCUUGGGGUGGUGGUGCCGGUGGUGCUUCAGCCUGGGGUGGUGGUGCUGCUUCCGCUUGGGGUGGUGGUGCUGCUGCUGGAGGUGCUAGUGCUUGGGGUGGUGGUGCUCAAAGUGCAUGGGGUGGUAAUACUGCUGGAGGUGCCAGUGCUUGGGGUGGUGGUGCUCAAAGUAGUCAUAGACCUGCUGCUGGUAAUGCAAGUGCUUGGGGUGGUGGUGCUCAAAGUGCAUGGGGUCAAGGUGGUGCAGAAUCUACUCAUGGUAAUUCAAGUGUAUAUGGUGGUGGUGGUAGUGCUUGGAAUAAAAGAGCACAACAUAACAAUGGUGGUGCUAGUGCUUAUGGUGGUGGUAGUGCUUGGGGUAAUAAUAGACAACAAGGUUGGAGUGCUGCUACUCCAGGACAAGCUGAGACCCCUGGUGCUUAUUCUGCUGAAACUCCAGGUGCUUAUCAUGAUGCUGAAACUCCAUAUGAAGCUGCUCCAACUCCAGGAUAUGGUGGAAGUGCUGCUACACCUGGUGGAUAUCACUCAGAUAAUGAAUAG